AUGACCUACUUGCACAAAAUGGGUUCGACCCUAGCCAGGACCAUGGUCACGCUCAUGCUACUACUAGCCAUGGUCUAUCGAGCCACUUCACGCACCCUCGAUGACCGAGCCAUGCUCGUUCGGUACCAGCAAUGGAUGGCUGAGCACGGUCGUGUUUACACCAACAACGAAGAACAACAACUCCGGUUCCAGGUAUUUAAGGACAACGUGGCGCUUAUAGACGCACAUAAUGGAAAUCCUGAUAAAAGCUUUACGCUCGCCAUCAAUAAGUUUGCCGAUUUAACGAGCGACGAGUUUCACGCUUCCCGGAACGGUUACAAACGACCACCUUCGCGUGCGUUCUCGGGUUUAUAUCGGAACACUGACGUAAGUGCGGUCUCGGGUUCAUAUCGGUACGCUAACGUAAGUGCGGUUCCGGGUGAAGUCGAUUGGAGAAAAGAAGGCGCGGUAACCCCCGUUAAGGAUCAAGGCGAUUGCGGAUGUUGUUGGGCGUUUUCGGCGGUGGCGGCCAUGGAAGGGAUGAACAAGCUCAAAACCGGAAAAUUGAUCUCAUUAUCGGAGCAGGAACUCGUCGAUUGUGAUAUCGAAGGAAUCAAUCAAGGAUGUGAAGGAGGUCUCAUGGAGUACGCUUUCAAAUUCAUCGAAAAACGAAAGGGGUUAAGCGCAGAGUCGGUCUAUGCAUACACAGGAGAAGAUGGGAUCUGCAACACCAAGAAAGCUUCCAUCCCGGCGGCGACAAUCUCCGGCUACGAACAAGUUCCGGCGAACAACGAAAAGGCCCUGCUGCAGGCUGUCACACAUCAACCUGUAUCGGUUGCUCUGGAUGCAAGCGGAUAUGGGUUCCAUUUCUAUUCGGGUGGGGUUUUUGAUGGGAUAUGUGGAACAGAGCUUGACCAUGCUAUAACUGCCGUCGGGUAUGGGACCACGACAGAUGGAACCAAGUACUGGCUCAUGAAGAACUCAUGGGGUACAUCAUGGGGAGAGAAAGGGUAUAUACGAAUGAAAAGAGAUGUCUCUGCAAAAGAAGGAUUAUGCGGUAUCGCCAUGGAUUCGUCAUAUCCUAUUUGA